AUGGCCAUCUCCCUUGCAAACAGCUGUAGCCCAACGCGGCUGGGUCUCCCCAUGGAUGAAAAGGGCCCCCAGAAACAGAGCAUGUGGCAUCGUUUGGGGUUGCGAAGAUGGCUGGGUCGCGACGAACGAGAUCGAGAAGGUGGACACUCUCGGGAUAACAAUAACCGCGAUACUGUCUCAUUCCCCCACAACCUCAACCUCAACCUAAACCACAGCCGAGCAUCGUCGACCGAUAGCACCGCCAAGCAGCACAAUAAUCUGACUCGAAGACUCUCCCGUCGCGUCGGCGUCGGUUUACCCCGUGGUACUACUUUUAAGCGUCAGAGUUUGGAACAGCGCGAUCGUCUUGCCCGUUUGGAUUCCGAGCCUCGUCGUGCUCAGUCGGCCGACCGUCGCCCGUUGAGUGCCCAAAGAACCCGUUCUCCACCGCCCGCCGUGGGCCCUCGACUCUCCGCGCCAGAGGUUCAGUGGCUCGGCCCGACGCCCGCUACAGCUACCACGGUCGACGAGCCCCUGGAUUUCGAAAGAGAAAGGGAACCGGAUACUGCCACUCUGGAUGAUAUUGGGACUGAGUCGGAAUCAGAGGACGACUGGGAUCGUUCCCCUGACGUGGAAAGCGUGCCACCAAAGGGCCCCUUAUCGGAGACACUCGAGAUGGAGCUGGAACAACGAUGGAUUCUGAAUCUGAGCAUGCACUUUCGGGAUCGCUCAGAGAGGGAGAAAUUCUUUGUGACCUAUGCGGAAAGCCCGAAUAAAUGGCGACGAGUGACGAUUUCUUGCGAUUACCGUGGUGCGCCGCCAGAUUCUCUCGAAGACGACUUGAAACAGUUGCGCUCUCAACGGGAUAAAUGUGCGAGGAUAUAUGAGUCGAUUCGGGAGUCUUUGGCGGAGAUUCAAUUUUAUGAUACCGUUACGAAUUUGAAGGUUGAGACACGCGAUGGUCGUCUUCAUGUUCAUGUCACCGAGGAUGUGAAUGAGACGAUUCCUUAUCCGCCAAUUUCGAGUAUUGGACACCUCCGUGGUGCUCGGUGCGUACCGGAGAACUUUCUCAGCUUCGAGCAACACCUCUCUGGAUUUGUUUAUAAAGUGAGGCUGGGAAGCCAUGAGUAUAUCAAGAAAGAGAUUCCGGGUCCGGAUACGGUGGAUGAGUUUUUAUAUGAGAUCAAUGCAUUGCACGCUCUUCAUCUGUCUCCCAAUGUGAUUCAGGUGGAUGCGAUUGUGGUCGAUGAGCGACAGGAGGUGGUUAAGGGGCUGCUGAUUAACUAUGCCUCUCAGGGUGCAUUGAUUGAUAUUCUAUACGAGCAGCGAGGACAAAUUUCAUUUGCCAGACGAGAACGAUGGGCUCGACAGAUUGUACAGGGUCUUUGCGAAAUACACGAAUCAGGCUAUGUACAGGGUGAUUUCACAUUGUCGAAUAUCGUGGUGGAUGGCAACGACAACGCUUAUAUUAUCGACAUCAACCGUCGUGGAUGUCCAGUUGGAUGGGAACCACCAGAGAUUGCCGCCAAGAUUGAAAGCAACCAACGAAUAUCCAUGUAUAUCGGAGUAAAGACAGAUCUAUACCAGCUUGGUAUGACUUUGUGGGCUCUCGCGAUGGAGGAAGAUGAACCAGAACGACAACCUCGCCCUUUGAUUCUUGGAAACGAUAUCGAUGUACCCGAUUACUACCGCCGACUAGUCGAUAUCUGUCUCAGUCCAACUCCCCGACACCGAUUGGCUGCCAAGGAUCUUAUUUCAUUGUUCCCCGCAGAUCUUCUUUCACGCUCUAUCCCGGCUGGCUGGGCUCGAGACACAGCGGAACACGAUCUACGACCCCUCAUAACAAAGGGAAAUGGCAUGAGCCCUUUCUCCGUAACAAGCCACCACGAUCAUCAUUUCCAUCCACAUACACCUGAAUUCAGAUCCGAAUUUCCAAAACCCCACGACAAUGGCCUAUCUCAACAUAUUUUCUCUACCCAUCCCGACCAAGGCAAAGGCUCUACCCCAACACUCGCAGGAUCCAACGGAGGCGCAGCUUUCCUAUCCCGACAUUCCUCCGCAUCUACCCUAAAUCACCAUGAACAUGAUGACCAUCUCGAAAAUCGCUGGGGACUUCCCGAUACCCAUUACGACCAUAGGGCUGAAUAUCUUGAAAAUCACCCUGUCCAAGCUGCUAUGUCCAACGAAUGCCCCCAUCUAUCGAAUUAUAAUAGAUCUGCUCCUCCGCGACAAAUUUCGCCCUCGAUAUCUGCCCCGUCAGAGGGUCAACCUUCUAUUGACCAGGAUUCUUUUUAUGGACAUCCACGCCCUCACCAUUACGAAUCUCCACAUGCUUCUUUAAGGUUGGAUGGAGAGGUUUCGAGCCCAGUACUGCAAGAAGAACAAUUACAACCACAACGUUCUUAUCGAAACGGACAUGCUAGAUCUGGGUCUCAAAUGAGCGAACUUCCCGGCGCGGUACCGUUUCUCUUUCACUCCAUUCUCCCGAUUAACCCUGCUCUGCCUAUUUUUCGGAGUAGGGCAUUUCCUGGCAUGUCGAGUGAGGGGAGGUCUCUAUACAGCUCGAGGGCGGUUUCGCCUGUCCAGACACCUCUUCUAGAACCUCUUUCGGAUUCUUCAUUGCCUAUAAAUCCUGCAUUGAAAGGAGAGAUUUCCAUACUUGAUCCUCCAAUGAAGGAAAAGAGUUCCAUGUUUGACCCUCCUGUGAAAGAAGAAAGUUCCCCAGCGGAUCUUUCAUUGAAAGAAGAAGGUUUUAUACUUCGCCCUGAGCUGAAAGAAGAGAGUCUCAUCCUUGAACCUCUUUCGGGUUCUUCAUUGCCCAUAAAUCCUACAUUGAAAGAAGAAAGCGCCAUGCUUGAUCUUCCAAUCAAGGAGGAAAAUUCCACAUCGGACCUUUCAUUGAAAAAAGAAAGCUCUAUACACCCUCUCGAGCUCUUGCGAAACGACCUUCUUGAUUCGCAACUUCCUAUAAACCCACUCAUUGAGAAUGGCCCUAUCGAAUUCGAUUCGCCGCCACCCGAAUCACAAACCCCUAUCCAUCCUACACCUCAAAGGGUAGAUCUCUCAACGUAUAUAUUCUCGCUUCUCGAAUCCCGACUCCCCAUUAGCCCAGCUGCUGAAGAUGGGCCUGUCAAGUCGAUUCUCCCCACGACCAAAAUACAACUUCCUCCUAGUCUACCUGUUGGAGAAUCCCAAUCAGUGGGACCUUCUCUACUGGAAUCCCGACUUCCUAUCAAUCCUGCUUCUAGAUCAUGA